GCUUCGUAGGGUUUUUCUCUGGUCUCGGUUCUCGGUGAGGCCUUCUUCCCAGCUAUCGCGACGGCGGCCGCCAUGAGAGCCCUCCUCUCCCUCUCCAAGCUUGCCCGUCGUCUCCCCACCUCCCUGGCCGCCACCAGGGUCGCCCCGCCCCUCCUCCAACGGCACCUUCACGCCGACUCCGCACUUCCUCCUCAAGCUCCGCCCCCUUUUGCCUCCCGCAUCCUCCAAUCCGAAGAGAGCCCGGACCCGAGCACUGAUUUGGAACAUGCUCAGCCGGCCCCCGACCCUGUCCUCGAUGAGUUUCUCGCCCGCUUGGUCACCGCGCUCCGUCCGACACUUGCGGCCGCCUUCCCCACCCACACCCGCCCCGUGCUCGACGAAAUGCUUCGUCUUAUCGCGGAGGCCGUCCUCAACCGCCUCUCCGGAGCCGAUCCGGGGCCAGACACCGUCGAGCUCAGCGACGACCUCUGGGCGGCGGUGUGGGAGGUCAGCGCCUCCGUGCGCGAGGCCAUGCGCCGGGACCAGGUCCGCGCCGACCUCCGUAACUACCUCCACUCCGACGAUGUCAAGGAGAUGACGCGGUUCGCCGUCGACGUAGGCAUCCGCGGCGCUAUGCUCCGCGAGCUGCGCUUCAAGUGGGCCCGCGAGAAGCUCGAGGAGGUCGAAUUCUACCGCGGCCUGGAGGUUAUGCGCCAACAGGCUGAUGCGGCUGAUAGCCCUGCGGCACCCCCGCCGGCGAGGCUAACCGCGUUGCCGCAGAGGAAGGGGGAGGUUAAGUUCAAGAUCUCUGGGUUGGACUUGUCAGACCCAAAGUGGGCUGAGGUGGCUGAGCGGGCAGCUGAAGCUGAGGCACACUUUGUGCCGGAGGAGGCCAAGGCUGUAGAUGGGAAGGCAAAGAAGGCCGAGGAGCAACUGCUGGCGACUGAGCCGAGGAAAGGCAACCCAGUUCCUGCCAUGGAGGAGUGGAAGGAGGAGCUCCGACCAAAGCGCGUUGACUGGAUGGCACUCCUCGAGCGGGUUAAGGCCCGCAAUGUUGAGUUGUAUCUCAAGGUUGCUGAAAUUCUUUUGGAUGAAGAUUCAUUUGCUGCAACUAUCCGAGAUUACUCCAAGUUAAUUGAUCUUCACUCUAAAGCAACUCACGUGCAAGAUGUAGAAAGGAUACUUGGUAAAAUGAAAGAGAAGGAUAUUGCACCUGAUAUCCUCACAUCCAUCACCUUAGUCCACAUGUACAGCAAAUCUGGCAAUCUUGAACAAGCCACGCGGGCGUUUGACUUUAUCCAAAAGGAGGGCCUCCAACCAGAUACAAAACUCUUUACAUCAAUGAUUAGUGCCUGUAUUAACGCUGGAGAUCCGAAACAAGCAGAGAAAUUGGUAAGGAAUAUGGAUGAGCUUUCCAUGAAACCCAACAGGGAAAUAUACAUGGAUGUGAUGCGGGCAUAUGCUGAGCGUAACUUAGUAGAUGGAGCUCAAUCGAUAAAAACAAAAAUGUCAUUCGCUGGAAUCGAGCCCCCAUUGGAGUGCUUCACAUUGCUUAUAGAAGCAUAUGGACGGGCUGGCAACCCUGAUUAUGCAUAUGAAGCGUUUGAACAGAUGAGGAAGAAUGGGCAUGAACCAGAUGACCGUUGCCUGGCUGGUAUGAUUACUGCACUCAUGAAGAAGAACCAGCUGGACCAGGCUUUGAAGUUGCUGCUGAGUUUAGAGAAGGAGGGGGUUAAACCUGGAGUUAAGACAAAUCUGGUCCUGCUGGAUUGGCUGUCCAUGUUGCAGUUGGUGCAAGAGGCUGAACAACUUGUACAAAAGAUAAGAAAGGCGGGAGAAGAGCCCCUAGAGAUCCAUGUUUACCUUGCUGAUAUGUAUGCGAAAUCACGCCAGGAAGAGAAAGCCCGCAAAUCCCUCAAGAUCUUGGAAGAGAAGAAGAGACUGCUGAAGGCUGAUCAGUUUGAGAGGAUUAUAAGAGGCCUUCUGGUAGGGGGUUUCUCGGAGGAUGCAAGCAAAUAUUUCAAAAUGAUGAGAUCUCGUGGCUUUGUUCCAUCAGCAACAGUCGAGGCCGGGGUCAGGGGCGUCGGUCGCCUGGCUGGCAGGUAGCUAGCUGGUCAUGGCACUGAUUCUGGUAUGAAAUCUAGCAGUAGCACCAACGACGUCACAGCUUAUUCAGAGGAACUGAUGUGAUAAAGAUCCCUAUUAUCGGGCGAAUUUUAGUUGUUAUUUAAGGUCUGUAGAGCAUAAGCUCAGAUGAAGUUGAUGAGUGCGUGAACCCCUGGUGCUAGUGCCAUGAAUUUUCUGCUCUCAUAAAUCGGGUCUUGCACUUGUAUUUCAUAUACUCCCUCCGUUCACUUUUAUAAGUCGUUUCAGACAAGCAAAAUUAAGCACGAUUGUGAACAGAGGGAGUAACAUGUUUUGUCAUUGUAAAAUCUGAAUCGCCAGAUUGUGCCAAGAAACAGAUUUAUUAAUCUUUCUCGGAGCAAAUACCCCCGAGUUUGUCC